AUGUAUAUGAGCCCCGAGCUGGUCGAGCCAGAUUUCUGCAAAGAAGCCUCUGAAACGAAGAUCGACGUGUGCAAACCAUUGAAAGUUGAGUGCUCCUUCAGCAUACCACAAUGCAUUUGCGAACGAUGAUGCCAGUCAUGCUGUGGAUCCACAUCAUCUUCAUCACGUGGUCUUUCUUGCGAAGGCAUCGUGCUGGCCAUUGUUCGUUGGAGCAUCCAAGGACGCUGUCACGACGGGCCGUGCGUGAUUCCUGUAACCGUUGUUCCCCCUUUCAUGAUUCACGAAGUGGAUAGUUGACCAACUUGCAUAUGGACAACUUGAACGAUGCUGAGAACCAGCUACGAUAGCAUCGCACCUUCAUGAACUUCAAGCCAAGAACGCUGCAGCUAGAAGGCGUGUCAUCCAGUCAGUGUGCAUGCUUUACCUGGGCUCACUGUCAUUCGGCAUUACGGCUGUUUAUUCAGCACCGGCUCUACCUGACAUUCGUAAGAACAUGGAAUUUAGCAAAGACAGCGGUGACUGGUUUGGGUCUGUGCUGAACAUCGGAGGCGUGCUUGGAGCCAUAUUUGCCGGUUACAUGAUAAACCGGGUCGGGCGCAAGAGAACCAUCAUGAUGUCGAUGCUGUGCUUCGUAUUCGGCUGGACAUGUGUUAUGCUUGGAGGCCAUGCAGUCAUGCUUCUCUUUGUGGGCCGGUGUCUGUCGGGCUUCGCUGUGGGAAUCAUCGCCCUUACGCUACCCGUGUUCAUCUCCGAGAUAAGUCCUCCGGACAUUCGUGGGCAACUCAACAGCGCUAGCGUUGCCGUCCUGCACGCGGGAAUCUUGGUCGUCUUUGUGCUGGGAAAGUGGCUGGGCUAUGUCGCUUUGGCAGGUGUUUCAAUGAUCCCCGUCGCACUUUUGAUACCCUGCUUGUAUUUCAUCAAAGAAUCACCAACCUGGCUUCUGGAAAAAGAAAGGAAGUCGGAAGCCGUCGAGUCACUGCACUUCUACGUUGGUCCCAACAUUACUGACGACAUGUGCAAGCUUCAAGCCAAAAUAAGUACUGGCGAACAGUUCACCUUCUCCGAGUUGAAGCUACCGUACAUCUACAAACCAUUUCUCUGCACUCUCCUUGCGAUGUUCCUGCAACAGUUUUCCGGAGUGGCCAUCUUAUUGUACUUUGCCCAUGAUAUAUUCGAGGCAUCUGGGUCUACGAUGUCGUCUUCCGACUGCGCCAUCACCGUGGGGCUGGUACAAGUCUUUACUGUCAUGCUAUCAACCUUCCUCACAGAUCGACUGGGAAGGAAGAUCUUGUUCCUGGCUUCAGUUACCAUCUCAAGCUUGAGCCUCCUUGCUCUUGGGCUCUGUUUCUACUUCAAGAAAGUACAAGGCGAAGCGUUUGUAAGCACCUUCGGAUGGGCGCCUGUGUUAGCCGUUAGUGUGUAUUUCUUCGGUUACUCACUGGGCCUCGGAGGUCUUCCGUGGGUGUUGCUGGGAGAAGUUCUCCCGCAACGUGUGAAAGGAUUUGCUACCGGUUUUUGCACAGCAUUCAACUUCGCGACCGGAUUCGUCGUUGUAAAAGAAUUUCAAGAUUUCCUGCACUUCUUUGGAAGUGAAGGCAUCUACUGGUUUUACUCCGCUAUUCUAGGUUUAGGGUUCGUCCUUUUUCUGUUCUUUGUCCCUGAAACGAAGGGGAAAACUUUAGAAGAGAUCGAGGAGUUGUUCGGCAAAACGUGCGCGGAAGGAGCUGCGCCGCCUAUGAACGUUACUUUGGACGCCUUACCUGGUAGGCGACCGACAGGUGUUUUCUCCAACGCUAUCUACGCAGAAGUCCUCAACGGACAAGUUGGGAUGUCUUCUGUAGAAACCGUGUGAGGCUUCGUGCUGAACAUGCCUGUACAUAUAUGCAUGUAUGUGUGAAACUGGACUCAGGUGAAGUGACCGCGUGCCUCUGGAGUAAAUGUAGAUCGUGCAAGAACUGGGCAUAAAGCAAACCAAGGGAUAUCAGUUCAUCAUGUGAUCGGAAGAGAGACAGUGUUUUUACAGCAGCUCGAUCAUUACUGUAAUUUCUAUAAUGGUUUCCUGCUUCAUCUUAUUAGUGUUCACUACUGCACAGCGCAAUACAGAUGUGUCUUGCUUCUGGUUGCACAUUCAUAGGUGUACCGCUGUUUAAGCCAGUGCUCUUUGCUUUGUUUGCCUUGUGUAGAAAGGUAGAAAGCGGCCGGAGUGUGGCGAGCGGAAGAGCACGGCACAAGUCAAUUCUUACUCUGCGAUUGCUACUGCUUUGGAGACCCGCCGCCCGGCCUCUCGCCCAUGUCCGUCCUCUUCGCAGUUUCCAUUCAGCUACUCAAUGUUGAUGCCAGCGUUUGAUCUGUGUUCAAUUUUCAUCUUUGCCAAUUUACGUAAAUUUUAUAUUUAUCCUCCCUAUUGAUUCAGCUGUUGAGUUCUCGUCGCACAAAUCCGAAGUAAUUUCGGAAAGACAUAAAAUCACUUCAUACGCAUUUUGGUUUUUGGGAAUCACCAGGCAUGCGCAAAAUCACACCACAGAAGAUGACAAGAUAACGCAGAUGUUGGAGAUGUUGUUGCUCACGCUUUGACAAUUCACACUCAUAAAUCCAUGUCUUUUUUUUUAGAGAGCAUACCUGUCAUGUAUUUUUACAUAAGCUUCGGGGUCAUGUGGUAUUUGGGCGAAUACACGCAAUACAUCAAGGUUUUCUAAUAGAGUCAUUAAAGAGUCAUUGCUCAUUAAAGAGUCAUUUUGCAUUC